AUGCCAGCACCGAUAUCUUACCCGACGAAACGGGGUAUCGUCUUCUACUGUCCUCCAUCUACCAGCAGUGACAGAGCUGAGCCAGUACGGCUUCCUAGUCCGCCUUGUCGACCACGGAUACGCCGACCACAUUCAAUUUACAUUACCCGACUUCCUUCACCAAUUACAAAUCCACGUUCAACCAAUUCAGCCUUAUCGACAUACUCAUCUCGAUCGACAUUGUCGAGUAGGCCUAAAGUCAAGUGCCGCGACUUAAAGAGGAUUGUGCUACGGGAGACCGCCAAACGUGUCCUUGCCUCAAUUGUAUCACUCAUUUCUAAGUCAUCACCAGCACACGAGACCGUAACGGCACACAACUCGAAUAGCUCUAAGCUCUUCCAUCAUUUUGAAUCGGCGAGAUCAGCUCUGACUGUCACAUCUUUACCUCAAGACCCCCGUACAAGAGAGAAUUGCAGCUUGAGAACAGGCUGGACUCGAACGGAGACCGAUAUGUUACGGCUGUCAUUAGGGGAAAACUCGUGGAGACCCACCACAAAUGCGGAUAACUUGACACCAAGAAAUAGUGUCAGCCUUCCCAGCCCGCGAAGUAGUUUAACAGGAAUAUCAAAUUAUACAUUGCCUCGGCUAACGACGGAUUCUGAAAAGCCGCUAGCAUCAGGAAAUGGAGUCUCAUGCUAUAUCUUGAUGGCUGAGCCUGUUAUAUUUCUUAUGGGACUCGAUCAUGAUGGGACUACCAGAGAUUCUCACGGCGCAAACGCGACAGCACUGCUCCGAGGUACUUUACGCCUGAAUGUGACCAAAAGUACGAAGAUAAAGUCUGUAAGUCUCAAGUUCACAGGAAAGGCCAGGACCUUGUGGCCUGAGGGAAUACCCCCACUCAAGCAAGACACAAUAGAAGAGAGCUCUCUUAGGACUCAGGUUAUCCCUUUUUUUAAUUCAGCGUAUGAGGGGUCAGAAUCUAGAUAUGGAAACUUGUGUACUUACACCUUACGAGACGGUAAUUCUACUCUGUCAUCGAACAAUAACAACUAUGAAUUCACGAACCCUCAUCAUUCGAGCAGUUUUUCUUUAUCUGGAAUAACAAACAGACUCAGUGCUCUUCCACAAAACAGUGAGGGAAGGCGCUCUUCUGUUCAAUCUAUUCAGUCAAAAAGUUUCCUCAAAGGGGAAGCCGCACCCGGCUCAUCAAAUCUGAAAGGUUACAAGAUUUUCUACCCAGGAGUCUAUGAUUACUCAUUUGAACUACCAAUUGAUAAUAACAUGCCCGAGUCGACAAACCUACCCCUGGCAAACGUAAAGUGGGAACUCGAAGCCACAGUCGAACGUGCAGGGACAUUUAAAGCUAACCUUUCGGGAAAGCGAGAGAUACCAGUUAUACGAUCACCAUCUCAAGACUCCCUCGAACUCGUUGAACCCAUCGCUGUAAGUCGAACCUGGGACCAGCAGUUACACUAUGACAUCGUGAUAUCGGGAAAAUCAUUUCCAAUUGGGACCAAAAUACCCAUCGCAUUUAAAUUAACUCCUCUAGCUAAGGUCCAAGUUCACAAAGUAAAGGUCUACCUAACAGAAAACAUUGACUACUACGCGCGAGAUAAAAGUGUUCAGAGAAAGGAUGUGAAGAGGAAGAUGCUUUUGCUCGAGAAAUCUGCGGGUAAGCCUGUCUCUAAAGAAUUUUGGCCAUCUGAAGUUCGCAUAAUCGGGGGGGAGCAUUCUGCAGAAGAAAGAGAGAUGCGAAGAUCUAUAGCUAUGCGGAGACGAGAAGUAGAAGCACAGCGGAAUAACUCUCAAGCAACGCCUCUGCCUGAGUGUGUCGACAAUUUAUUAGGUGAUAUUGAUCUUGGAGUAGAUGACUGGUUGGGGCCGACAGAGAUUGAAAUGAACGUACAACUCCCUACUUGCGACGUUAUGGAAAAAGAUCGCAGCAAGCGCUUAGCUCAUGAUUGCACAUGGAAGAAUGUACAGGUCCAUCAUUGGUUAAAGAUCUUAAUACGUCUAUCCCGAGCUGAUGUCGCUGAUCCAUCAAGGCGUCGCCACUAUGAAAUAUCGGUUGAUUCACCUAUAUCCCUGCUAAACUGUAGAGCUUCACAAGCUAAUAUAUCCCUCCCCGAAUAUUCGGGUUUGAAUCCGGACACUCUUGGUCCACAACAGGUUUGUGGUUGUACAAGUACAACUCAAGCUGCGGAGGCCUUACUAGCCCAAACAUCCUUGAAUGAUAACCAUAUGGUUCAUGAAAGUACAAGAUCCACGGCCAACUCAUCGAGUCUUGCCAUACCAGCACAAGUAUACCUAUCGACGGGUAUCGCAGAUGGUUUUCGAAGGCCAAUUCAUCUUGUGCGCAGCCCCAGCUUCCAGCCGCCACCAUUUGACGCUGAAGAACCUCCUCCACCGAUUACGACGACGCCGCCUCCUCUCUAUGAUCAUGUGAUCGGAACACCAAGUCACGAUGGUCUCGCCGAUUACUUUGCUCGGCUCGAUGCAUACGAAGAUGAACUUACGGAUGAAGAAGAUAACAUACCUUCGGUAAGACAUAGAAGUGUUGUAUCAGAUCCGCGUACUUCUGCAAACCACAUGCCGAGAGUUAUAGAGCUGAACAGGGAUUUUAUUUUUAGCACGACUUCAACAAAUAGCAUUAUGGCCGGAAUAGACUCUGGAUUUACCGCCUCGUGA